AUGAAAGUGGUCAUCUUCGGACUGCACGCCGACCUAGAUCUUACCUUGCUGUUGAAGUCGAAUUCAGGUUGUCUAUGGACCGUGCUAGGAGAUGUGACAGCCAAGGCAGGCAAGAUAAAGGCGAUCGAGAUAUGUGCGAAAGAAAUGGGUGGGAUUGAUAAUCUCGUGUACUGCGCUGGCGUUAUUGGUCCGGUUGAGAGGGCGGAUAAGGGGAAUGUCGAGGAGGUAAAGAAGAGCUAUGAUCCUGUUCUAGCAACCCUACAAACACUGCCUUCGACAAAGGUAUCAUAUCGCUCUCCGCCUGCGAAUUCCAAAGCGGCGCUAACCCGCUUCAUCGGGAUGCUUGCGCACGAGGAGCCUACAUGCCGGUGGAUAUUAUUGCGGGCAAGUUCAAGGGGAUUAUGGCAGACCAUGAGAUUUUUUAGGCUUUGGAAUGAGAUUGGGGAAGCGAUGGUUGAGCCGGCGAGUUAUGGGAGGGUUAUUUAUUAUGAUGAACAUGUACCGGGUGCGAAGUUACUCACGGAGCUUAGUAUGAAGCCUCCCACGAACACUGUAGAGUUUUACUGGGCAGAUUCUAGUGCUCAUAUCGCCAUGUUUGCCUCCAAUCUUCGCAAUAUAAUAGCCUCCAGUUAG